CGGAAGUUGUAAUUUUGCCAGCUCUCAAAAUUUUGUGUUUCACAUACGAGUGUUGUGAUCAGAUAUUUCCAUCAUGUUAGCGCCACAGACAUCUUUAAAGGUCAUUCUGGUGGUCCAUUUUGUACUGACAGUAUGGGCAUCAAUGACCGAGGGCUAUCUUCCGACUGCAUAUAUUUACAUGAAUCUUUUCACUCUGGCGUUUGGUGCCUAUGGUAUAAUCAACCAAGAGAAUUCAGAAGCAAUAUUCAUGUUGUUUGUCCUUCAAAUAUUCACUAUUUUGCAAGAUAUUAUAUUUAUGGGAAUUUACCAGCCUCGAGGCCACAAACAUUUUGAAAAUGUUGCCGACCUGUCAGUUACUGCUGACAUGAGGAAUGAGUACAGAUUCUCUCUUGGUAUGAGUAUAGUGAAUUUGCUUCUAAAGCCUUUCACGAGUUUCAUUGUCUACCGGAUAUACCAGGAGCGAGGAGGCAGCUAUGGAGACUUUGGAAUACCUGGCAUUCCUGGAUUAGGCGGCAGCAGCAGUGGAGGUCCAGGCUACGAGAAUAUUGAUCGUCAGUCUUCAGGAAAUAACAGUGUUGAGACAGCAGAACCCCACCAGAGCUUUGAGAAACCAUACGAGCAGCCAUAAAAGCAAGAGCUGGUGUUGAUCCAUUUUAUCAUGAGUUUCAUGGUUUCGUGUCCAUUUGUAUUAUGUGAUCCUGCCGAAUCUACAUAUAGGACUUCUCUGUCAAGGGUACCGCUGCCAAAUAACCAGCUUUUCUCAUUCUAAUCUCUGCAAAUUAGAUAAUUUCCAAAUUUUUGUAGCAACUUCUGCAGGCAUGGUGCCCUUUUAAUAUGAUAGUGUGUCUCUGUUUCAUAAGUAGGUAGCAUGAACCUGUUCUUCUGCAUGUUGUUUCUCACUUGCAAGGUGGCAUUGCUAUUUGCUUCCAUCUUACUACUUGUUUUUAAGUAGUCCUCCUGCUGUGUGGAGUUAGUCUAAGAAUGUU